ACUCCCCCGCCUUCUUCAGCCGCUGCGAGCCACGCCGUCCUGUCCAGCCCGCGGGGCUGCGCUGGCCCGAGGGAACCUUGGAACGCUCGAGCGAGCCCUUGGCACGAGGCAGCCGCUCCAGCGAGCCAGGGCAAGAGCCCUCCCUCCGCCGGCCAGCAGCUGCCCGGCUUCCUCCUCUUCCUCCUCCUCCGCCCUGUCCCAGUGCCUGCCGACGUGGCGGGGCGGGGACGCGGAAGGAGCCGGGGGCGCGUCGGCUCAGGCACAGCUCAGCUGCGAAGCGACACAGAGGAAGACUCAGUCCCUGCCUCAAGAUGCAACAUUGAAAAUUGGAUAAACAAUACAGUUCAAACUCCUAAAUUUACUGAACAGGAUUUGAAUUCUCACCUCCAGUAUUGCUGUGGCUGCAGCUUUGAAUACAAACUUUAAUGAACCACACCAUUUUCAGGAAACAAGAAAUAAAAAUGUCUGAUGGCGCAAGUGAUGCAAUACCCGCUGAAGGAAAACCUGAAGUAAUGGCAAUGCUUAGCAGUGAUGUGUUGUCUAAUGAUGCAGCAGAACACAGUGAGACAGCUGGGAUCUUGCAUGGGUCUUUCCAAGAUGAACAGAGACAAGUUUCUCAUAAUACUAGUAAUGAUCAGGAAGGGGACAUGGUUAUCAAUGAAAAUCCUUUGACUGCAGAAGUAAUUGCAAAUCAGCCUUCCAGUGGAGAGGUGACUGAAAUAAUACCUACUGACUGCAGUGAGUCUGUGAGCCUUGAUCCUGAACCUGGAUUAGAAGUGACACCGAAAGAACAAAGCAGUCCAGAUUUGGACUCUUCAAAAGGAAGUGGAUGGGGAGCUUGGGGAUCGUGGGGCAAAUCUCUGCUGUCAACAGCAUCUGCCACAGUUGGUCAUGGAUUAACUGCAGUAAAGGAAAAAGCAGGGGCCACUCUAAGAAUUCAUAAUGCGAGUUCAGCAUCUUCAGAAGGCGCACAACCUGCCACAACUGAGAGCGAAACACCAGGGAUCAUCAAUUCCAACGAUGUCCCAGACCAGAGCUCUGUUGGGGUUUCACCCUCUUCUCCUUCAUCUGGAUCUCGUGGGAUGCUGUCAACAAUCACUAAUGCUGUACAGAACACAGGAAAAAGUGUUUUGACUGGCGGUCUAGAUGCUUUGGAAUUUAUCGGCAAGAAAACCAUGAAUGUCCUGGCAGAAAGUGAUCCUGGAUUUAAGAGAACCAAAAUACUGAUGGAAAGAACAGUUUCCUUAUCUCAGCUGUUGCGAGAAGCGAAAGAGAAAGAGAAGCAGAGAUUGGCCCAGCAAGUUACAGUUGAAAGGACAGUACAUUAUGGGCUGCUUUUUGAUGAGUUUCAAGGUUUGUCCCAUCUUGAAGCUCUGGAAAUUCUGUCAAAUGAAAGUGAAGCCAAGAUUCAGUCAUUUUUAACAUCACUUAAUGGAGAGGAAUUGGAGACCGUGAAAAAUGACUUAAUUGCUAUUAAAGAGAUCUUCAUUCCAAAGGACUCAAAUAAUGAAGAGGAUCAAGAAAAAAAAGCAGACACGGAAGAAGAGUUUGUUAGCAUGCUUACUGAGCUACUGUUUGAAUUGCACGUUGCUGCCACUCCUGACAAACUUAAUAAGGCUAGGAAAAAAGCUCAUGACAAGCUGGAAGAAACCAACUUCUCCACAUCACUAGACUUGGAAGAGAAGCCAGAGGAAAACAAACAGGAGGAACAAAAGACUGAACAAGGAGGAGGAGAUGGUGGUGAUAAAACAGAAGAAAAGAAAAAUAAAACUGUGGAGGAAGUCUACAUGCUAUCUAUUGAAAGCCUUGCUGAGGUAACAGCUCGUUGUAUCGAACAGCUUCAUAAAGUAGCAGAGUUAAUUCUUCAUGGGCAAGAAGUGGAAAAGACAGCCCAGGACCAAGCAAAAGUUAUGACAAAUUUAACAAGUGCCAUGUGCAAUGAAGUGUUGUCUUUAUCUAAGAAGUUUUCUGAUUCUUUAACUGCCACCGGGAGCAACAAAAAGGCAGAGCUCCUUAACCCAAUGGUCAAUAGUGUGCUAUUAGAGGGCUGCAACAGCACUACUUAUAUUCAGGAUGCUUUCCAGCUAUUGCUUCCGGUUCUUCAGAUUUCACAUAUCCAGACCAAUUGUUUGAAAGCACAAGAGUGACAGUUUCCCAGCAGUUGUCAUCACUGUGUGUAAAAGAAACCACAAACCUAAUCUCUUUAAUGUACGCAAUUUGAAGAGACGGCACAAAAGAUGUCUGGCCACUGAGGGGCCUUUUGAGGACACUAAAAGCCAUUUUGCACAUGCAGUACUGAAAAACAUUUGAGAAAAAUCAAAUAGAAGUUCUUUAACUAGAUGUAGUUACUAGAAUAGGUAAUUUCUUUUCAAGUUAGUAUAUAUUCUUCACAUUAAUUUAAACUGUUUAUUGUGUUUAUUGAAGUUAGUAUCGACUUCAUUAUGAAGGAGGUAAUUAAUGUUGACACUUUCAAUUCUAAACAGUGAUGUCUGAAGGAAAUUUGAAAACAAUGUUUUUUAAACAUUUUGGACCUGAUGCACCAUUUCAAAAUUCCCCAUUUUAAUUCUCAGUUUAAAAUGUUUACUUUUGAAAGUUAGUUUCUGUAUUUAACCUUCAUUAACUCUCAAGUUAACUUAAGCAAAUGAACUCUGUUUUGAGCAUUCCAGUAUUAUUUCUUCAGUGACAGUCUGAUAGUAAUCCUUAGCACUCAUACCGUGCUUUGGUGUUCAAAGAGCUGUACAACAUUAAGCAAACUUAAGCUAAUGAAAAUUAUGAAAAAUAUGCAUAUCAGACAAUAUACUGAAGUGAAAUUGUCUGAGCCAGUUAGAGCAUAGGCAAAACUGUACACGUGCUAACCCAUAAUUGUAUACUUACUGUAUUUAUGCCAGUCCCUUCACUCUGGCCGAAAGACAUUAUAGACCAGAGUAGAGGGAUUUGUAGAGUAAUCAUGUAGUUAUUUCACAACUACACAGUAAAUCAGAAAAUACCUUCACUUUGGUUGACAGAACUCCCACUCUGUGUGCCCAUAACAAACAAAUUGCCUCAUCUUCUCAGCCUUCUCCCCAAUCUAUCAUUUCACCUAAAUCUGGACUUUAAAUACAGAUUUUUUCCAAUAAAAUAGAUUACUGCUAUGGAGGGAUUGGAACUAAGUUUUCCUAUAAGGGUCAAAGAGGAGGAGAAGGAGUUAUGAGAAGGUUGAGUUGGGUGGAGUGACAAGGUGGGGAGAUCACAAGUUGAAGCAUGUUGUGGGAAUAUGGAAGAGGAAUUCUGUGCACAGAGCCAGCAUGAGAGGGUGGAAAGCACAUUUCAGUAUAACAGUAAUUUAAGGGUUCUUGUGUUAAACUUGGUGAUAUCCAUAUUUGGGCUUAAUAAAUUCGCAGUCUUCAGCCUCAGGGUUUAUUUUGCCCAGGUUAAAAUUAUCUCAUGACAAUACAAACCUUCAAUUGUUUAAGUAGCCGGUUCUCCUGAAUUGUCCAUGUUUAUUACAUUUUUCUAAUGUAAUUAGAAUUUAACUAAUGUAACUGUAAUUCAUAUUGAUAUAGUGAUGAGCUCUAUUUAAUUGUAAAAUUGUAGCUAACAUCUGAAUGUAUUUAAUCGUUGAAGCAAUGUGUUCACACAUCAUAAACAUAAUCCGAAUAGAAUACUAGGAAAGGUUAUAAUUGUAUUUGUUAGAAAUGAGAAGUCAUCUAUCUGCGUAGGCAUGGUAACUGUAGGGAGCCUAAAUAAGAGAUGACAGAAAGCAGCUCUGUGUCUCUGCCUUACAUAAUGAGGUCCAUGUUCUGCUGUUAUCUGUGUAGUGACUGUGUUUAAUAUUUCAUCAUUUAGAUGGGAGAUACUCAUUAUGUAGUUCUGUGGUUUGUUAUGCACAAUUUCUGUUCUGCCUGUGCAGCUGAACUUGGUAAGCUAAACCUGACAUUCAUUGUUACUUACACCAUCUUGAAAUAAUAGCCCAAUAUGAAACAGAGGAGCCCUUGGGAAAGUGUAGAAAAGCUACUGUAAACUGGUAGGCAAAUUUACUGGCUGGGAAGGUAGAAUAAAGCUCUCAACACUAGCCCUCUUUCCUCAAGGCUUGUUUUAUUUCCAAAUACUAGUCCCAAAACAAAAGCAAAUAAAUUCAAAAUAUUAGGUAUUAAUUGCCCAAAUUUUUCCCAGCCUCAACCAGUUGGGAAGGGAGAGGACACAUCCUUCCCCUUUGAUAGCCCCACGUAGCUACUACAGAGAGACCCACACUAAGACUUCCUAGAACCUAGGUUUCUCCUUUUUGUUCCCCUGCCCUAGAGAGAAGAAGCUUUGUACUUCAUUUCCAUAUACCAGGUCACAUGUUUUCUACUAGUCAUGUGCCCUGCACCUGCAGCUCCCAGUUUUAAAGGGCACAAGUUCACAAGGGGUGCACUGGGAUAUGCGCAUGCCUCCAAGGCCUAGUGCCUUGCUACAGGUACCUCGUUAUUUAAAGUAAUAUUUUUGUUUAAUCACAAUGUUGUCAAACCAGUAUACAGUGCAUGAUUAAAACCCUGUUUUUAUUUGAAAGA